GAUGUGUCCCUGGUUGCGGUCAUUUCAGGAAACAGUAUGAUUACAUUGUCUGGCAAGGUUCAGGUUUCUGUCCAACUUUGUCAGCUGUGUACAGAGCUACAGCUACUAUUGAAGAUAUUAAUUGGUUUCCCUUUAACUUGUAUAAUUUAAUCUGGUCGUUUUUGUCUUUUUCUUUUUUCUUUUAAGAACUUGGAUUGUAGAGAAUUCAUGAUGAAGAGCCUUUUUCUGUCUUUCUUACUAGGCUCCAUUCUGUUUAUGAACAACUUUUCAGAAGUGCAAGGAAGAAAAUGGAAAGGUGAAGGUACAACACAAAACCUGGAAAGCAUAACCGUUGGAAGGUGUUAUGACUAUAUUAGAAUUGUGAAUCCUGCUGUUGGUGAGAAGAACUGUUCAGAGUUAUGGGAAGCCUUUAGAAAUGCUUUUAUUAACAAGGAUCCUUGCAACAUUCUACCUCAAGACUUUGAAUUAUUUUUCAAACUGUCAUUGCACGCAAUUCCCGCUGGCAAGUCUCUCUUCUGGGAAAAUAAUCAGCUGCUAGUCAACAGCUUUUCAAACAGAGCUCGUCGCUACAUGGCUCUUGGUGACACUCUAUUUGGCUUCUUUGGAGAUUUUCUGAACUGGUGUGGGCAGGAAAACAGCACUGGACUGGACUAUGAAUCCUGCCCUUCUGCAGCAGAAUGUGAAAACAAUGCAGUGGAUGCUUUCUGGAGGAUGGCUUCGAUGACUUACGCACAACACAGUUCUGGGGUGAUACAUGUCUUGUUGAAUGGUUCUGCAGAAGGAGGAGCUUAUCCAGUCAGAGGUUUUUUUGCAGAUUAUGAGAUACCUUAUCUCCAGAGAGACAAGAUCUCACAAAUAGUCAUCUGGGUUGUGGAUGAUAUUGAAGGACCAGAUAUAGAUUCCUGUGGAUAUAAUACUGUACUGAUAUUAGAAGACAGGCUGAAAGCCCUUGGUUAUGAUGUCAUCUGCACUGACGAUUACAAGCCUGUAAUGUUGUUACUCUGCUUGGACAAUCCUGACCAUUCCAAGUGUACCCUUUCAUCAUCUGCACCAGCAGCACAAAGAGGACCUAUAUCUUCAGACAGAGGAGGCAGCUGGAACAGGCUCAUGUUUGUUUCCUUUGUAGCCUUUUUGUUUAGAUCUGCUUUAGUACACUAAGUGAAUAGACUGAAUCCAAAUCCUCUCUUGACUUGGCUGGCUUCAAUUAAUUUCUAACCACAAUUUCACCCAAGUUCUGGGACUGGCAAACAUGCAUGUUGAAACCCUGCAUACUUCUAUCCAGAUUUCAACUACUAAUAGUACAAAAAAAUUUUACUGCUGCUAGAAAGCCUCACCUAUCUUUUCCUUUUCUUGUACAGAAGAACUCCCUUGCUAUCUCCUAUUAUCCAAAUUCUCUAGAAUGAAAAUGAGAAUAAUGCUUUCUCUCUAUUCAUGUAUUUCAGAAAGGAAAACAAAACUUUUUGCCCAGUAGGAGGGUAAAUGGGAGCAGGAAAUAGGAUUUCAAAUGGGAGAACUUAAGAUAACUUACCUGACAGAAAACAUAAUAGGUGAGAUAGUGGGAAAAAUUAAACUCAUUUUCCUUAAUAGUGUUUGAACCAAACUGAAGUGAAACUAUUAUAUGGAUGUAAUAGUUACAGGACAUGCAAGGCAUACGUUCUUACAUGCAGUAUUUUACUCUUAACUGCUUCCAGCUGUUCCUCAGCUGGCUAUUUCCUGGCCACAGCAUAACCAGCAAUAUGGCCAGCAUCACCAGGUCUAGAAGGCUCCACACGUCAUCAGCCAUGAUGUGAGGGAGUAGAUUUAUAACAUUUCAAAUUCAGACAAGAAUCUACCUUUGUUCAGUGGACUCACUUAUGACAAGACCAACAUAUUCAGAAACAUCUGGCAUUGUUUUCUCAUUUCUAACAUUCUUGCGCUUUUUCCCACUACAUCAACUCAGUAGCAAAGACAGCAGUUAUUUCUUUCCAAUAUCUUUUGAAUAAAGUGCCUUCAACUUGUUGGAAAAGCUCAGGAACAUCUGUAGAGAUUUUUAGCAAACCAGCAAAUAUAGCUAGGAAAAGAAGGCAAAGUUUUAAAUACAGAGGCUUCCUCAGAUCUUCAACGCAGCAAAUUUCAAGCUGAGUAUGGAUCUCUUCUUCUGAGUUAAAUGUAAUUGUUUUAAUUAAUGUGAAAGAACAGUGUAGCCAGCAUCUCUGAAGCAGCAGGACAGGAGUGAGAAACAAUGAGGUCAUUUGUUACUCCCUGGGGGAGGGAGAGAUGUUAGCAAAAAGUUGCAAGCAAGAAAAUCCCUUAUCUCUCAGCUAUUUCUAUGGCCAUACAGUAGGUGCAUAGUGCAUAACACUUGGUAAAUGCUCUGACUAACAAAACGCCUCAUAUAAAAGCUGUGUCACAUUCUGAGAAAUUACAAUGUCUGAAUGCCUGCUGAUGUUCAACAGAUGUUCAAAUGAUGUUCAAAUACAGAUUCAAAAUGUUCAGUCAUCCAUACUUGGUACUAGCAGUGCUGGAGAUACAGCUGUCUGAAAAUGCAUUUCAGGGGGGAAAACGUUUUAAGGGGUCAAUAUUUCAUUGAAGACAUCAUAUACCUAUCACUUCAUUUUGAAUCUAGUUUGAUGCCACUAUUUGGAAUAGGUCUGUUAGUACUCAACUAGUCAUGGCAAAUGAGAGUAUCAUGUACCAUAGCAUCACAGGGUGCUUUGCAUUUAUGCAGACAAACCUGCAGAAGCUACUGAUACUAAUUCAGUAUUUCCUAUCAUUGCCCAUUUUUUGGACCACUCGUAGACUCAAUUGUGUCGCAUUCUCCAUUAUCACAAGGAUGAUUAUCUCCAUUCUCCCUUCUGUUAACCUAUUUGUUUCUGCUUGUUGUAUCUGACAAAAACAGAACUGUAAUUCAGAGUAAUUCAUUUUAUCAGCAUGUAUGUGCAUGAAUACAAGUAUGUCUGCUCUUGUCUGCUCUACCUGCUCUUAAAUGCAAACUGUUGAGUGCUCUGGAGUAAAAAUUAAUGUGAAUAAAGCAAGGACAACUUGUUUACCUCUCUGCCCUUUUAAUGCUGCUGGUGUUUAUUUUUGUCAUAUUGGCCUGGUGAGAUAUUCAGCUGACAUGACCCUGUUUCCAAUCAGCCAUCUCAAAUGUAGUGAAACGUCCACUUCAAUCUCAAGAAGCUGUAUUACACUUAGUUGUUCAAAGGAAGCUAACUUCUAUGAUAGUUUUCUUUAUAAUUUGCUGGAAAUAAUUCUGCUAUAUUCUGCUUCAACAACAGACAGUGUAAAUUGGAAGAACAGUGCUUUUAGCAGACCAAAAGGUUUGGCUUAAAAUAGCUCACUAUGGUGAGGCAUGGCAUCUUAGUUUAGGCAAAUGUUAGGGUGGCUCAAGCAGCUGACAAGUGUUGUUCUGAUUUUCAGGUUUUUUCUAAUUCCACUUUCUGCCCACUCUAAAUUUACUUGCCAUUUUAUUUACAAGGUGAAGAUUAUUAUCUGCUGAUUCUUGCAGGUAGCUGAAUUCCUGUAUGUCUCUGGGAAUUACAAAGGCAAGCUCAGAGGAGACUCUGUCUCCCCUGCAGCAGUGCAUCUCAAGUGCAGGCUGGCAGCCAGAGGGGCUACGGAAACUAGAGCCUUGGAGCACAGCACAUACCUGGCCCUCACACUGUGCCAGAGUAUCCACCUCAUCUGGGCAGCCCCUCACCAUCUGCCUUCUGCUAUUUCCUGCCACCUGCAGCAAAAGUGAAUCUGAUCUUCAGUUCAGAUGAGUUACCUCAUACUUUUAGCAGAAUAUGGGUGAAAAAAAGACAAUGUUAAAAGUUUUAUAAAAGGGAAAAGAAGUGAGAAAUUAUAUUUAAUAAUACACACUUCUUCAAGUAAUAGGUACUAGGGUAAUUAGUCCUUUACUUGUGACCAUUUGACGAGGAAGAUCUCUGUUUUGAUGAAAGGUGCCAGAAAGCUCAGAGCUGAUAUUUCCACAAAGCUGAGUGAAAUCUCUUGGCUGUCAUCUUGACUUUUGUCACCACUACCCAAAAGAAUGGGGUUACAUAAAAUAGGAGCUGCUGGAAUAAUACGAAAAAGGAGAGUGAUUACUAGUAAAUCUUAUGGCAUGUAUCAUACAAAAAGAAUCUAAAGACAGUUAGAAUAACUGAUAAACUUGGAAGAUACAGCAUCUAAUCCUGGACAAAUAUUUAAACACACAUAUACAAAAGCAUAUGGCUUGUUUGUCAGGUUUCCUGUUUUAUGUUCACACUGAUCCGUUCCAAGGGGCACAUCUACUUCCUGUAGUUCGUUCAGGAUAAACUUUGCAAUUUACACAACCUUGCGCCUGCACAGCAAACUUUUAUAUCAACUUUGUUUCCUUGACUGCCACAGUGGGAGGGCAGCCUGCUGGGUACUUUGCUCCAAAAUGUGUAAGCAGCAUAAUAAUUAGCACUGGCCAGGAAACAAGCCCUGGAAAGCUGGUGAGAUGAAUGCAUUUGUUUUUACUCUGCACUAAAAGUAAACUUUGAAAAGUGGUUUGCAGUAAGAAGUACGGCGACCUCAUCAGACAGUUAAACAGCCCCAAGUUGGAUGCCUGCUCAUGCAAUCAGAAGAACCCUACCUACUAAGUCACAGCUUUGUUGUAUCUCUAACUUUCUGGCAGUCUCUUC